CUGCUUCGGCUGCUGCAGGUACAAAAACUACAACUAGUUUGGCUGCUGCAGGUACGAGUUCGCCUGGCAUCAAGUAUUAUGAUGGAGAUAAAACCAUGCCAAUUGUCUCAGAAGUAAAAACUGGUCUAACUGCCAAAGAACUCUUUUGCCUUCUUCUACAUGAUCCAUUGGAUGGUAUUGUUAGUGUAAAAAAACCGAUUGGAGUUAGAAAGAAUGCUGUGUUCUUGAUAGAUCUGCAGUCUGUCAAAUAUAAAUCGUUAUUUGCUGAUGAUAAUGGGGCUUGGCUAACCAGCAUGCCAAGGAGAAAAUUCUGGGUGGAUGUCAGCGAUGGAGAAGUAGUAGGUGUCUCUUCCUCGGCAGCAGCAGAUGUUCGUGGUAAGAGACAGUACACACUAUUGCGCCAGUAUGGCAUUCACAAGGGCACAAAAGAGAAGUUGGGUCGAAGAUUCUCUCGGAUAAUUACUACUCUUUUAGACGAUAAUAACAAUGCGGGCAGAUAUGCAGUCGUGCAGUACUUUCAUGAAGGCGACAGCAGUGAAGUGUACCUACCAUGCCAUGGUAACGCUGUGAAGAUGAAGGGUGCAUAUCACCGAACUGAUCCAACUACGAUUGAGUCCAUUAAUGCGAAAGUGCAGAAAGGAACGGAGGCCAGGAGUAAGUCCAAGAAUAUUUACCAUGAGGUGUAUACUGAGUGUGGGGGUGAUAACAGUCGUAGUGUUUCUGAGGAGCCAAGGAAUACCACCCAGAUAUACAAUGCCAGCAGGUUCAAGCAGAAUCAUGUUAAGGAUGGGUUGACUGUUCUCAUUGACAGUCUUAAGAGCCAACAAACUGGUGAAUUUUUACACGAACUGACAUUGGGCCACAUUCAGACUGAACAAACAAAAACAGGUUUUGAGCCAACUUUGCAAUAUAUGUUGGCCACAAGAGAGCAGCUGCGUGAUGCAGAAAAAUUCCUGACUCAUCCAGAGGAGUUUUCUGUAUUUGGCAUCGACCCAACAUUUGAGUUGGGAAAUUUCUAUGUGACAGUGACGACUUUGCAACAUCCAGUGCUGGUUUCUGCUAAAACAGGAACGCAUCCAUUUUUCGUGGGGCCGUCAUUUGUCCACCAUAAACGCGAAAUGGACAACUAUUACUAUUUCAUGACAUGCCUACAGCGACUUAAUCCUGCCCUUCGCCAUAUACAGGCAUUUGGAACAGAUGGUGAGGUGGCCCUCCUGAAUGCCAUUGUUGCUGAAUUCCCAGAUUCCAUUAACCUCCUCUGUUGGAUUCACAAAAAGGCCAAUAUAGAAAGAUACAUGGCGACAAAACUGUAUGUCUCCGCAUUAGUGAAGAAGGUGCUGCUAAGGGAUAUAUUUGGCUUCCAGGAGGGAACAGUCCUAAUUAAGGGUCUAGUUGAUGCUCAUGACAGUGAAGAUUUCGAUGUUAGACUAGGACAGCGUGAAGACAAAUGGCAGGCGAUUGCCCCAGGUUUUUACCGUUGGUUCAGUAAGCAUCAGGCGGAGAGCUUCAAGGCCCGAAUGAUAGAGUGUGUACGCAAAGCUGACAAUUGGCAAGGACGCCGUUUCACAACGAAUGGAAAUGAGAGUCUCAACAACUCCCUCAAACAGUGGGUAGGACACAAGAAAAACUCUCUCCCAGAUUUUAAUGAAAAACUCCAUCAGUUCGUGAUCUGCCAGUACAAUGAGGCUAAGAAAGCUGUCCGAGGCUGCGGGGAGUACAGACUUGCUCCAAAGUUUCAACAUUUGGAGGUCGAUCCAGUUGAGUGGAAAAAGAUGACGGAAGAAGAACGGACCACUCUCCUACAAAAAGUCUUUGGAAGGGAACUGUUGAUGCCGAUGCUGAUGAAAUUCAAAGCCAGGAUCCUUGCCUCUCUGUUCACUACAAGGAUGCAGAUCUGUUGA